CCGCUGCUGCUGCCUGCAAUCUCUGCGGCGCCUUUGAUCCAGGUCAGGACAGCCGCCCACCCAGCCCAACCCAACAACCGACAACUCGACAGCCGACACGCAAUGGGACGACUGGAGCUCAUCGACGAACUAAGAGGACACAGCGGCCAGGUGUGGCAGGUCAACUGGUCUCCGACGGCGCCGGUGAUCGCAUCCUGCGGGAGCGACAAGAGCGUCCGUAUCUGGAAGCGGGACGCAGCCGGCAAGUUCCAGUGCGCCACGUUCUUGGACGACGCACACUCGAGAACCAUCCGGUCGGUUGCCUUUUCUCCCGACGGAAAGCGCCUGGGAUCGGCUAGCUUUGACGGAACCACAGCUGUAUGGGAAAAGGAGGAAGGAGAUUUCGAGUGCGUUGCUACCCUGGAGGGCCACGAAAACGAGGUCAAGAGCGUCUCAUGGUCGGUUUCGGGUUCCCUGCUUGCGACUUGCAGCCGCGACAAGAGCGUCUGGAUCUGGGAAGUCCUCGAAGACAACGAGUUUGAGUGUCUCAGCGUGCUCUACGAACACUCGCAGGAUGUCAAAAUGGUCCAGUGGCAUCCCCACGAUGACAUUCUCGCCUCUGCUAGUUACGAUGAUACAGUCAAAGUAUGGCGAGAAGACAACGACGACUGGUACUGCUCCGAUACCCUCAGCGGCCAUACGUCCACAGUGUGGGGCAUCGAUUUUGAUCCAAGCGGGAAUCGUCUAGCCUCGGUGAGCGACGACAAAUCCAUGCGCGUUUGGAAAUGCGGCGAGCCUCAGGGAUCAGGCUGGCGAAAGGACCCCAAGUGGAGCUGCGUCGCUACCUUGGCCGAUCAUCACACCCGGACGAUUUACUCAGUGUCGUGGUCCAAGCUCAACAACAAGAUUGCCACGGCCUCAGGCGACAACUCUAUCAAGAUUGUGGAGGAGGGUUCCGACAACGAGUUCAAAACUGUCUUGGACCACCCAAAUGCCCAUGGCGACAGCGACAUCAACUGCGUUCGCUGGGGCGUGCUAGAGGAGGACCGUGAUCUGAUUGCGACGGCCGGCGACGACGGCGUCAUUCGUAUCUGGAGAUACAUUCCGCUUUGAAUGUACCAAGCCAAGCUGCUUGCUGGCCAGCGCCUGUCCAGAGCGAAACGGGGGACUCGAGAGAUAGUGCCGAUGGCGGCUGCUCUCUGGGUUUUGAAUACAUCUGUCCACAGCAUGCCACCACUGCGAAA